UCUGUGCCUGUUGCCUGGGUGCAUUUGGGUCUUUCUUGCUGUUCAGUUGGCGUUUAAAUUAAACCAUGCAGUGUUACCCAGGUUACCCAGAUGGGAGGCUUUGUGACCUAGGAGAACAGGUGUUUCUGUAAACCGACACUCAGACUCACCUGCAACGGAAAGCACCUCAGAGGCUGUUGCUCAAAGUUACAUGCUGAACCUAAACAGCUUCAUGUAAUCAUGCAGGCAGUGCUUAUCAAAUGCUGUUGCCCUGUUGGAUUUGUACAGUGAAUCAACAGCCUAUUUGUGUUUGAUGUCAAUAGAGAUGAUUAGAUACUAAUUCUGACCUGAUUAAAAAUCAAAGGUGUUUCCACUGGCUUACUGACAGUGUCUGUCUUGUACAGCUGUGACCUCGGAUAUCCCUCAUGAGCCAUUGUCCAUCAGUAACGCUAUCUAACUCUGUAUGUAAAUCAAAGUGACUUUGUUCCCAUCUUUGUCCACCUUAUCUGAUCAUUUCCACUGUUACAAGAUUUCAGUUGUGGCUCUGUGAGACCGAUACGCACUGCACAGAGACUAAUGUGGCACUUUAAUACAUUGUUUUUACUGGGUGGAUUGCAGUUAGGUGAGUUUUUCCAGUUUUUGGUUCAGGUUUAGCUGACGCUGACAGGUAGUCAUGAGUAUGUUGCCUGUGUAAACAGCCGUUAUGAUGUGUGUGUGUGUGUGUGUGCAUUAUCUGAGUCCCAUCGUCCUGUGAAUGGGCUUAUUGAGUCAGUAUGAAGGGAAUGUCAGGAGAGUAGGGACAUAUUGCAAAAUGACAUAACUGACACAACUAACUUGUUCCUCUGGCCCUCUAUCUUUGAUUUUUUCUUCUUAUCGUUUCCAUUCACUGUCCACUUCAUGUGUCUCUAUAACAUGUUGAGUUCACUGUCCUCAACUACUCUGUGAUUCUGUUUGACCAUUUUGAAGAGCCAGAGUGACCACAAUCCACAUAUCACAACAUUCCAGCCCAAUCCGUUCUCAGGAUGGAAAUUUGUACAUUUUUAUGCUUGGCAGGCGACGGGAGCUGUUCGCUGAAGUCGUGCUGGGGAACUGAAGACUCAGAGGGGCAGAACGGCAAGAGAUCAAGGAAAGGAGCCCAGAGGAGUCAUCUCUUCUAGGCCGCAAAUCAGAGAAUCAUCAGGAGUACUGCUGAAAUAUCAAGCUUUUUAAUGCACGAUUUGUUGCUGUGCAAGAAACUAAUGUGAGGGCUGUAAUUGUGCUGCCAUUUCACUGCUUUUUUACACACACACAGCUGCAGCAUUCAGACAAACUGCUUCCAGAUUGCAGCCCAAAAGACAGUUGCUUGGAAUCGCUUAAAUAUCAAGUUCACUCUCCCGCUCUCUUUUUGGGAUUUGGCACUUGACAGUAGGUCAUUAACUUUGUUUACUCUCAGACAAUGGACUUGUCCAUGCUCCCUACUCGAGUGAGUGAGUACAGCGGGCAGAGGACAGAAGCACGCUUCACUGUCCGCUCAGCUAAUUCUCCCUCUUACAGUCUCACUCGCAGGCCAGGUGUUAGGAAACCCACAGGUUUUUUAGAGGAGAAGGAAAGUGCUGAGGAAGCCAGCAACAGAGAGAGAUGCGAGACGCACACUGGCGCAAAUGGCACAAGCAAGGAGGAGGAUCCCACAGUCACUGGUUAUCAAGCCAGGACUGGGAGUCGCAGCAGUGUCAUAGGUCAGUGUGAGGAGGAGGAAAUGUCAAGCCAUAAAACGUUUACCAAGCUGAACCAGAAUGGCGCAGCAGACAAAACUAUCACAGAGUUUGGCACUGACAGAGGUGGAAACUUUAACCCUGCAUCUGAAAGCCGGGGCAGGACAGACUGGAGGAGAUACAACCUGCCGAGCAGAAGUAAGAGUUUAGAUUGGAGAUCGGGGGCAUCAAGUCCCGAUUAUGGCAAAAGGGCUGACUAUGCAUUUUCAACCAAAAGUGGCUUGGAUGAAAGAAGGACUGGAAUUGAAGGCUUGAGGGGCAGGGUGAUGUCUUCAAUACAGGCCUAUAACUCUGCAGCUACAAGUAAUGUUCAAGAGAGGAGCCCAGUGAGUCACGUGAGUCAGACUUUGGACAGGACCAGUCGGGGCAGUUCUCUCCCCACUAGGCUGAGGUCCCUGUCUGGACCUGGCUCUGGUGUCAGAGGGACAUCUUUGAGUGGGCCUCAAGGAGGUCAGAGUAUAAUGGAGCGGAUAGAGAAACUCUACGGCUCAGCUGGUUUUGCAAAAACGGAGGAUUCCAGCAAAACUAGGGACUCCUCUACCUCUAAAUAUGAGAGGGCAUCAGGGGGAACCUUCCCCAGGCGUUUCUCUUCUGAAGACAAAAGCAGCUUAAGUCCACUGCAAAACAGGAACUCAUUCACCUGGACACAAAAAGACAUGUCAGGUUCUGAGACUUCACUUUCUCCGAGGACGAGCAGGACCAGGGAGAGAUUGUCAGGGAUACAAUGGCAAGGACAGGUCCAGGGUAAGUAUUCAGAGGAAGGGGGCGUUAACUGGCAUAGAGGAUUAGAGGAAAUGGGCACGAGGUCUCUAGACAGAGCGAGGAGCAGGUACUGUGUAGCAGCUCAGAUAAGAUCUGCAAGGGCUGCAGCAGGAAUUACUCCAUCUUUGCAGUCCAACAGUUUCUUAGAAGAAGGGAGAUCAGUGUCUUUGAGAGAUUCGUCUGGUUGUAGGGAGAGAAGAGCAAGUGGGAGUUGGGAUUGGAGCGGGAUGAAGAGCGAGACUAAUAGAAUAAAUGAGCCAUUGAGGGAAAACACUGGGUUGCAUGAAGAGACGGAAAAAGAGACAAAUGAUGGAGCAAAAGAAAAAAAUGAAUCAAAGAGUAGCAGCACUGAUGAAGACGUGUUUGAGUCAAACCCAGUGGACUUGGCAGUGAAAACAAUAGAGAGGAAGCGAUUCCCAGAGAGGUUGUCAUCCGCCUCUGCAGCCAGUGUGAGAAAUAAGAUAAAUCAGUUUGAGGCUCUCUCACAGAGAGCUCAGGGUUUGGCUACAGGACAGGUCCUGCUGCCCAGACGGGCCUUCUCUGUGCCAACACAACUCAGCAGGGCUCAUGAUGGAGUGAAAAAGAGUGGAUCAGCAAGAGCGGUAGGUGGACUGAGAUACAAGUGGGAGGGGUUGAAAGAAGGAGGGGAGGGCAAUGAAAAAGCUGAGGAGAAGGCGUCAGGAGCAGGACAGAAACUUGGGUCAAACAGGUCUUUAUCAGUGGACGAGGUUGGACUGAGAUUGUUGAGGGAAGAAAGAGGAGGGAGUGAUUUGGUUGAGAAUGAGGGAAAAGAAAGUGGUGGUGGUUAUGCCGAAGAUUUUGGUAAAUAUUCCAGACUCAAGAGCACAUUAGAAAUCCCUCUAGGUGAAGGAGCUCAAGAAAAACGGAGAAACUUUUACAUCGAUGAAACAGAUUUCCACAAAAUCUCAAGCCCUGAGACACCAAGCGAGAAACUACCGUCCUUACUGUCCGACUCUAGUGACACUUACACUUACGUACAGAAAACAACACCGCCUGAUGUCACUUCACCUGUUAGUGACGACGACAAGACUCCAACAAACUCUCCAAACAACUCACCUACUCUUUCACCUACCACGCAACCGCAAAACAUCAUUCCCAUUGCAGACGGUGAAAAUAAAAGUACUUCUGUUACCACACAAGCAGCCAAAACUCCUGAACCAGAUCUGCCACCUCUCCCUCAGCCCCUCGCCACUUCCUCCUACAGCAACCUCCCUGAUCUCAUCUCUUCAGAUGUCAGCACAUCCAGUCCAAAGGCGAAGAAGCAGGUGUUGGACUUGAAUGCUUGGGUAGCUGGUUUGACCCCAGAGAUAAAGGUCUGGAAUGACGACGAAGAUGAUUAUGAGGACGAUGAUGAGAGUACGCAGAGGGAUGAGGAUUCAAACUAUGACUCAGAUUCUGGAGAGUCCUCGGUGACCAUCACUAGUAACAUGAGCCAGUCAGAUCACAGGAGCUUCUGUGUCAGUCUUUCAGAACUUUGUAACUUUGCUGGAGUUGACUAUGAGUCAGAGACUGACAGCGAUGAGUGGCAAUCUACUAAACAUCGGACAGCCUCGCUGAGCUCAGACAUGUCAGCCCUGUCUUGUGUGUCUGUGAUGCCCAGUGAGGAGCUUGACAGGCUCCUGGAGGAUGUCAGGAGCGUGGGGGACAACAACCUACAGGACUACAACGAUGUGCAGGUGGUGGUUCUCCAUAAGGACAUGGGAGUGGGACUGGGCUUCAGUUUGGCGGGAGGCAAAGAUCAGAACAAGCCUAUCACUGUUCACAGGGUGUUUCACUCAGGUGUUGCAGCCAAGGAAGGCUCCAUUAGGGAAGGCGACCAGGUCCUGUCGAUCAACGGCACGGCACUGUGUGGCUUCGCCCACUGGGAGGCCCUGAGGAUCCUGAGGAGAGCAAAGACUCGAGAGAUGGGGGUGGUUGUCCUGAGGAGGGAAGAGAGUAGUGGUGUUUGCAAGGUGGGAGCACAGACAAAUAAUCAGGAGCCAACACAGGCAGGUCAGCGUGUGUGUGUGCGUCUGGAGAAGAACAGCAGGGAUCUGGGCUUCAGUCUGGAGGGAGGUGUGGACUCCACUCUGGGGAACAGACCACUCACUGUGCAGAAGAUCUUCCAGGGAGGUCCUGUUGACAAGGUGUGUCCUGGUGAUGAGGUUGAAGAGAUUGGCGGUGUAAGCGUGGUGGGGAUGAGACGCCUGGAGGCCUGGACUCUGAUCAGAGGACUUCCCCCCGGGCCUGUGGACGUGGUGCUUCGCCGCCCUCUUAAACAUCUGGAAACAUGAAGAUUGUUUAGCUACCUGGGGCAGAGCAACAUUCAGUGACUGAUGACGGACAAGAAGCUAAAAGCCAUCCCUUAGUGGCUGAGAACUUGACAUGGAUUAAGCGAGCCAUCCGGGGCCUAUGCCAUCAAAACAAGUCAUUAUGAGAAAUCCCUACAGGAAAUAUAAUCUUGGAGACCAGGUCAAAAGUGUGUACUUUUUACUUUAUCUACAGGAUUACAUCUACCUCAAGGCCUGGGAUAUAAUUCUGUAUCAGCCAGAAUUUAAGUGCACUGACGGCUCAUGCAUUUGUUAAGUCAACCAAACUUUGUAACAGAUACUUUGUUCAGCUAUUAAUGUGGCACCUGUAAAUGAAAAUAUAUGUUGUAAUAUAUUGUGAAUAGAAGCUAACGACAGCAUUUAGAGUUUAUAUUGCUUUUUAAUAAAUCCUAACUAAA